CAAAUGACGAAUGGUUGGCAGGGACGCCGGACUUGUUUCCCAAACGGCCCCUCCCUUACACCCUCUCUCUCUCUGUCUCUCUCAGAUACGGAGACAUGGUGCCCAAGACGAUUGCAGGGAAGAUCUUCGGCUCCAUCUGCUCCCUGAGUGGCGUUCUGGUCAUUGCCCUGCCAGUUCCUGUGAUUGUUUCCAACUUUAGCCGGAUUUACCACCAGAAUCAGAGAGCAGAUAAACGCAGGGCGCAGAAGAAGGCCCGCCUUGCCAGGAUCCGUGUGGCCAAAACAGGCAGCUCCAAUGCCUACCUGCACAGCAAGCGCAACGGGCUCCUCAACGAGGCACUGGAGCUGACGGGCACCCCGGAAGAGGAGCACAUGGGCAAGACCACAUCACUCAUCGAGAGCCAGCACCAUCACCUGCUGCACUGCCUGGAAAAAACCACUGGGUUGUCCUAUCUUGUGGAUGAUCCCCUGUUAUCUGUACGAACCUCCACCAUCAAGAACCACGAGUUUAUUGAUGAGCAGAUGUUUGAACAGAACUGCAUGGAGAGUUCAAUGCAGAACUACCCAUCCACGAGGAGUCCCUCACUGUCCAGCCACCCAGGCCUCACCACCACCUGCUGCUCCCGUCGUAGUAAGAAGACCACACACCUGCCCAGUUCCAACCUGCCAGCCACUCGCCUGCGCAGCAUGCAGGAGCUCAGCACGCUCCACAUCCAGGGCAGUGAGCAGCCCUCCCUCACUACCAGUCGCUCCAGCCUUAAUUUGAAAGCAGACGACGGACUGAGACCAAACUGCAAAACAUCCCAGAUCACCACAGCCAUCAUCAGCAUCCCCACUCCCCCAGCGCUAACCCCAGAGGGGGAAAGUCGGCCACCCCCUGCCAGCCCAGGCCCCAAUACGAACAUUCCUUCCAUAGCCAGCAAUGUUGUAAAGGUCUCCGCCUUGUAAAACCACUGGACAAAGGGCCAGAGGGGUAGUGGGGAGUGGAGGGGGCUGGCAUGUUGGUGGGUGGCCACUGGGACCACCCCCCCUUACCCCACUGUUUCUGCCUGCCCCAUUGUACCCCUAGCGCUGAGACUUGUGCCUGGAAGGAAAAGGAGGCAGCAAAGGGCACCUGAGGUCCACACUGCUGGCGUGGACACAGCCCCGUGGCAUGGCAUCUCACUGGGGCCAGAGCGAGGGAGGGAGGGAGGCGGGGACGG